AUGGCAUCCACUCCUCCUCCCUUUUCUGUCGAGAACGGCCACGUCUCAGAGAAGAGUGAUAUAACACCAGUUUCCAAUGGAGACGCUAUCGAGUCUACCAGCAUCAAUGAGAAGGCAUUGAUGCGAAAAAUAGAUUCAAGGCUACUUCCUGCAGUGACUCUGCUUUACCUCUGCUCUUUUCUCGACCGCAGCAAUGUGGGAAACGCUCGGCUCGAGGGUUUGUCAAGCGACCUUGACAUGACCGGAAAUCAGUAUCUCACCAGUCUCACUCUAUUCUUCAUUGGCUACGUCUUAUUCGAAGUCCCUUGCAAUAUUGUCCUCAAGCGCACGUCUCCGAAGUUCUGGCUUCCAACCAUGACGCUGAUGUGGGGCACCGUCUGUACACUAAUGGGCGUCUCACAGAGUCGCAUUGGCUUCUUCAUCGUGCGCUUCUUCCUCGGUGUGACUGAGAGUGGCCUCUUCGCAGGUGUGGUCUUUUAUCUAUCUAUGUGGUACAAAAGAGACGAAGUACACUUUCGUGUUGCGCUCUUUUUCAGCGCUGCAUCACUCGCCGGGGCCUUUGGUGGUAUUCUUGCCUGGGGCAUUGCUCAUAUGAGAGGCGUGGGUGGUUAUGCAGGAUGGCGUUGGAUCUUCAUCCUGGAAGGUCUUCUCACGGUCUCAGUGGGUGCUGGAGCUUAUUUAUUCAUAUUCAACUAUCCUGACACGGCGGGAAUACUUACGAGAGAUGAACGAAUAUUCAUCCAGCACCGGCUCAAGGAAGAUAAUGAUUCAGUCCGAGAUGAAGCAUUCAACUGGACUAACGUGUCAAAAGCAAUCAAGGACCCAAAGAUCUGGCUUUAUGGAUUCUCCUUCCAUACAGUCGCGCUGCCAUUAUACACACUUACUCUUUUUCUGCCAACUAUCAUACAGGAACUCGGCUACACAGCAGCCGAGGCCCAGCUGCUUACAGUACCUCCUUAUGCCUUUGCAUUCGUUCUUACUCUUACAAUUGCCUACCUGUCCGAACGCAGCCAGAUACGCGCCCCUUUUAUUAUCGGAUGUUCUUCCUUCGCUGUUAUUGGGUACAUUAUCCUCUUAACCGACUAUCGUCCGGGUGUUUCUUAUGUCGGCGUCUUUUUUGCCGCUGGCGGUAUCUACCCCUCCGUUGCACUAGUCUUCUCAUGGCCAUCAAACAACGUUAGCGGACAGACAAAGAGAGCAGUGGCCACCGCAAUGAUGAACAGCAUCGGAACCUCAGGCGCCAUACUUGGCACACAACUUUACAGAGCGGAGACAGCACCGAGGUUCUACCUGGGGCAUAGCUUCGCAAUGGGCUACUUGGUUUUGAAUGUCAGCUUGACAGCAGUCCUCUGGCGUGUGCUCAAUGAGGCAAAUAAACGCAAGGAGAGCGGUAGAGAGAAUCAUGGGUUAGAAAGUCUUUCCGAGAACGAGUGGCUUGGCGACGAGGAUCCGAGAUACAGGUUUCGCGCUUAG